AGAGGGGAGACAGUCUUCUUGCCUGAGCUUAUGAUGUCACCAAUGUGGACUUUGUCUCUCUUGUGCCUCUUUGCCGGUGCAUCUUACGCCGCCGAGGUCUGUUUAGGUGAGCUGGGUUGCUUUAAUGACCAGCCUCCAUGGGGGGGAACCAGCCAAAGACCCGUCUCUGCCCUCCCGUGGCCUGCAGACAGGCUAGGCACCCGCUUCCUUCUCUUCACCCAGAGGAACCGAUACUACCAGGAGAUCAAGACUGACCCAAGCAUCAAGGCGUCAAACUACGCUGGCACCAGAAAGACUCGAUUCAUCAUUCCUGGUUAUCUGCAUAAAGAGGAUGAAGACUGGCCACAAGAGAUGUGCAAGGUUAUGCUGAGGUGGGAGAAUGUCAACUGUAUCGCUGUGGAGUGGAAAAAUGGUGCGAGGGCUUCGUAUUCCCAGGCAGUCAACAACGGCAGGGUGUUGGCUGCACAGGUGGCAUCCAUGAUGACCUUUCUCAUGGGCAACUACAAGCAGACAGCCAGUAUGUUCCAAAUGAUUGGUCAUAGCCUUGGCGCUCAUGUGGCUGGAGAAGUUGGGAGCAAGAUCAGCGGCCUGGAACGCAUCACAGGACUGGACCCGACCGAGCCUUACUUCCGUGACACCAACGCAGCCGUGCGCCUGGACCCCACCGACGCCGCCUUUGUUGACGUCAUUCACACCGACGGCAGUCCUUUCGCCACUAAACUCGGUCUCGGGAUGUCCCAGCCCAUUGGCCACGUGGACUUCUACCCCAACGGAGGAGAGCUGAUGCCCGGCUGCAAAGCAAACAGAGGCACUUUGGCCGACCUGGAUGCUGUCUGGCAAGGUACGAAGAAAUUCCAUGCCUGCAAUCAUGUUCGAGCCUACCAGUACUACCAGGAGAGUAUGGUUAAACCGCAGGGAUUCGUCGCUUACCCUUGCCCCGACGCUGCCACUUUUGCAGCUGGCAAAUGUUUCCCCUGCGCUGCCGACAAAUGUCCAUUGAUGGGCCUGUAUGCGGCUCGCUUCCCCUUGACCGAUAGCACCUCACAGACCAAAUACUUCCUCAACACGGGCAGUUCUGAACCCUUUGGACGCUACAGCUACAAUGUAAAGGUAACGUUGGAUGGUCCCAACUGGUCUAACCCAGGCUUCAUGUAUGUGGCUCUCGCUGAAAAAAGUCUCUGCACAAAGGAAUACCUGCUUCACGUAGGCAUGAUGAAGCCAGGAAAGACCUACGAAGUGCACAUUGAUGCGGAGAUUCAUGUGACUUCUGUAACGGAAAUCAGAUUCCGGUGGAACAACCACAUCUUCAACCCCAUGAAGCCAAAAUAUGGGGUGUCAAAGGUGGAGCUGUUGAGAACAAAAGACAAGAAAGUCACUCACUUCUGUGGAACCGAAAAUGUCGCCGAGAAUGCCAUUCAGUCUGUGCUUCCAUGCCAAGCUUAAGCGGCCUUUCAAUAAAUACCUUCCAUUGA